AUGCAAACGCUGUGGAAAAUUAUUACAAAGCAUGAUAUUAACACUUAUUUACUUAUUUUCGAACCUGUAAUUGCAUUAGCACCAACAAUAUGUACAGCUCAAAAUGUAAUUGGAACUUGUAUUUCAACUGCUUCAUGUUCAGGUAAAUCAGUUCCUGGCUAUUGUCCUGGUGCUGCAGACAUUCAAUGUUGCAUUCCACAAGGAAGUACUUGUACCCCCAAUGGAAAAAGUGGAAUUUGCAUUUCAACUGUAUACUGUGCUGGUACAUCUGUAUCUGGUUAUUGUCCUGGUGCUGCUAACAUCCAAUGUUGUGUUGCCAGUGAUGGUGGUUCAUCAGGUUCUGCUGCUGAACUUUGUGGAAGUUAUGCUGGUGCUACUGUUAUGUCAAUUACUGGUAACAAUAAUGUGAUAUAUUCAGUAGUAAAAAUAAGAUUAGAACAUCUUUCCAAUCCAGCUAUAUAUUCAAAUUUACCAACAGAAUCGGAUAAUACAAUGACAACUUCAACAGCUUGUGCUUUUGAUAAGAUGGCUACAGCUGCUAAACAAGCAGGUGUUACAAUCACAAUUGCUUCUGGUUUUCGUACAGUUGCUCGUCAAAAAUACUUUUGGGAUUGUUAUCAAACACAGGCAUGUAAUAAUGGCAAUUUAGCUGCUCAACCAGGUACGUCAAAUCAUGGUCGAGGCGUUGCUCUCGAUUUGAACACUGAUUGUGGCGGGCAAACAGGUUCUACACCUAAUUGUGAUGGAAGCGAAGUUUAUCAAUGGUUGAAAAAUAACGGACAUAAAUAUGGAUUUAAACGUACUGUUCAAUCAGAACCAUGGCAUUGGGAAUAUGUUGGAGCUGGUGCUACUCCUAGUAGUUUCACUUAG